AUGGAUAUUGAUAAGGAACAAAUCAUAAGAAAUGCAUGUACAAUGGGUCAUUUUGAAAUUAUUAAUGAGUAUCUUAAAUCACAUGAUGUAAACAAAUUUUUGCAUAAUGAAUGGACUCCACUUCUGUAUGCCGUCUCCAGUGUACAAACUGAAAUUACUGAACAUCUUGUAAAUAAUGGAGCUGAUGUCAAUAAACAUAAAAAUGGCUACACACCAUUAAUGGCAUUAUGCAAUUCUCUUGAGGGAACAACUGAACAACGUCUAAAAUGUUUAAAAAUAUUAAUUAAAGCAGGAGCUAAUGUCAAUGCAACUAAUAAAAGAAGACAAACACCUCUAAUGUUUGCUUGUAUAUUACAAGAACCAAAAUUUGUAAAAGAAUUAAUAAAAUAUGUAAAAAACAUUGAUGCAUAUGACAGUACACACCAAACUGCAUUAAUGUAUGCAACAAUAGCUAAUAAACCAGAAAUAGUAAAAAUAUUAAUAGAAAAUGCAGCAGACAUCACACUAACUGAUUUCAAUAAUUUAACUGUAAAUAAUAUAGCUUCUGAAAAAGGAUAUGAUGAAAUUUUGUCAUUAUUAAAUUGUAAUGAAGAGAAAAUUGUAGAUACUUAUGAAAUAUCUAAAAUGAAUAACUGGAAAGAUAUGUAUCCAUCAUUAACCAAUAUAAGUAAUCAAACUAUAGAUUUUGAUAUAUUUUCAAUCUUAUAUGGGAUGAAUUUAGAAGAAUAUAUUAACAUAUUUCAAGGAAUGAAUCUUAAAACAUUUUUGAUGUUAACUGAAAAUGACUUAUGCCAUUUAGGAAUGGAUAUUAAUGCACACAGAAUUCAGUUUCUAGAACAUCUUCAUCUAUUUCACAGGAAAAACUGGAGUAUACAAAGUAUUGGUGCUAUUACUGAUUCCUAUACAUUAUACGAUGGUAUACUAACAUUAGGUGUAAUAACUAAACAAAUUGCUAUUAUUGGUUCUAGUUUUCAAUAUAUUACAAACAAUCUAUUAAAAUUAAAUAAUGAAAAUGUACAUUUAACAGAAGAACAAAUAUCUAAUUAUGAGGAAAAGCUUAAAAACACACAAGGCACUCUGAAUAUUUUGGAAAAAGAACUUAUACAAGUAAAAGCACUUUCUAAAAAAAUUCAAAAAGAGAAUGAUAUUGGUAUACCAGCAACAUAUAUUGGUCCAGAAAAACGUAAAAUAAAUUGGCCUAUGUUCUUAAGUAUUACACUAAUUGUAGGAAUUUGUAUGUCUAAAACAAUAUGCAGUCGUUAUUGA